AUGACGCUGAAAGCUUUCCACUUUGCUGGAGUUGCCAGCAUGAACAUUACACUUGGUGUCCCUCAUAUCAAGGAAAUUUUAGACGCAGUGAAAAAGAUCCGUACACCUGUCAUCUUUGUAACACUUGAGUGUGAAACGAAUGUGAAAUUUGCAAGGUUGGUAGCAGGUCGGAUUGAGAAAACAAAUCUCGGGCAGGUUGCUGAGAGUAUAAAGAUUGUAAUGACUACAAGAUCAGCAUCUAUAGUUGUCAUGCUUGAUAUGGCCAUGAUUCAAGAUGCACACUUGUCUAUAGAUGCUAAUGCGGUAAAAGAAUCAAUUUUGCAAACUCGGGGAAUCAAACUGAAGCAAGAGCAUGUUAAGGUUUUGGAUGUCAGAAAAUUAGAAGUUGUUCCUGAAGAGGCUGAUAGGAGCAGACUUCAUUUUCGCUUCCACAAUCUAAAGAGUAUGCUCCCAAAUGUUAUAGUGAGGGGUAUAAAUACAGUUCAGCGUGUUGUCAUUAAUGAGGUAAAAGAAGAGAGAGAAGACAAUAAGUACAAGUUGCUUGCAGAAGGCACAGGGCUUCUAGCAGUAAUGGGAACCGAAGGAAUUGAUGGUUGUAAAACCACAAGUAAUGAUGUUUUUGAAGUGCAGAGAACGCUUGGCAUGGCACAGGGCUUCUAG